AUGAACAGACUGGUUGGGUUGACUAUCAGACACUCAACACAGUCAGCAGUGUUGAGACGUCAAUCAACGUUGUCAAUCAACAGCAACAUCACCAGUGCACUGUUCCUCAGACACUUCACAACUGAUGGCUCAUCAUCAUCAUCGUCAUCAAACAACAACAACAACAAUAACAAGAGCAGCAAUGUCAAUCAACAACAGCAACAACAAAAACAACAACAGAAAGGACAUCCAAAGGAUUUGUUGCAAUCAAGACAACAGAGACCUCAGAGUAUGCAGGCGAGACAGCAGAGACAUGGAUCAAAUCCAUUCGUCAAAUCACAACAUAUUCAGUCGCAGCCAACUGGACUCUACACAAACAGUGGCACGUAUAAUGCGAGUUCACAGGGUGGCGGCGCGCAGCACAACGAGGACGAUGACGACGACCGCGAGCUGAGCGAGCAGGAGCGACAGGAGCAGGAUCGCCAGAUCGACCUGCAGCUGCAGCACGACCUCGCGCAGCUCGAGCACGAGCUGGUCAUCGACGACAAUGAGCUGCCACGUGACAGCGAUGAAUUCAGCCGCGACGAGUUCAGGCGUCUGGCCAACCAGCUGCGUCUGUCCGAGAAGAUCCAGGUGGAGAACGAGCGCAUUGCACUGGUCAAGCAACGUGAGAAGGCUUUGCUUGGCACACAACAGGAUACGCCACAGACGAGGAGAUCCCUGCUCAACUUGGAGAGCAUGGUGCCAGAGUCGCUCCUAAAGGAGAUGGAGGCGGAGGACCCCGAGUCCAAGGACGCGCCCCUCGCUCUCGACGACGAAGAGGGAAAUGAGGACGAUGUUCCCAACGAGGACGUCGAGUUCUUCGAGUCGGAGCCCAUUCUCUACCAGACAACCGAGCAAGGCUCGCUUGAGAUGCGCCGCCGCCGACAAGAGCGCCCACUCCAGCUCAAUGCGAUCAAACCCAUGACCAAGCAGCUGCCCUACAGCCACGCCACCAGCGACAUUGAAAGCGCGCUGCGCAUGCACUUUAGAAAGUUCUUGCACAACGUCAACCCCAAGCGCUUCAGCAACGAGGCCAAGGCCAGCACCAACCGCCAGUCACUCUGGAAGCUUGCACGUCUGCUCAACAACCGCGACGACUACGUGGCGUUGGUCAAUGGCACUUCGCUCAGCACCAAGUUGGAGCGCGUCCCACUGACGACCGCCUUCACAUUCCACUACGAGACCGAGCAGGGUGCCGAGGGCCUCUUGACUCAUCAGUUUGUCUUUGAGGAGUCGCCCGCCGAGAUCGCCACGUCCAAGUCGGCGCUGAUCAGCUACACUGCGCGCUUCCGUCUGGCGCUUGACCGCCAGCUUUACGAGCUCGUCAAGAAGUCCGGCAUUGCCGUGACUGCCAAGGAGCUCAAGGACCUUCAGAACCCAGAGGCUACAAUGGGCGCACAACUAUAUGAGGACCCAUGGGAGUCCUACUUUGACAGCCAGGGUCGCGAUCAGAGAGAGCUGGCCAUGAUGGAGCACAAGUCGAGCAUCACGUCGAUGGUCGAGGAGUUGGUGCGUCCCGCAUCAAAGACACAGGAGAAGACAUUGGAUGAUAUUCUGUUCGAGGGCAUCGAGCAGGAGCACGACAUUGACGAUAUAAUCGAUGAGGACGGCACCGUUGUGGACAAUCAGCACGACGUCGAAGAGGCGGCCACCAAAGCCGCCGAGGAGAACAGCCAGAAUGAGUUGCAGUCGAUGUUCAACGAGGACAAGCUAUACUUCUACUUUGGCAAGAACGCAAAGGGCGACAUCAGCGAGAUGCACGCACGUGGCCUUGGCGAGCUGACAAACAAACAGAUCGAGCAUCUGCGCAGCAACCUCAAGGUGCUCGAGUACAACGAGUGGUAUCAGCUGCCCAUCCUCAUCACCAAGCCACAGUUCUUGGAGAAGAUGCAGGAGGCCACCUCUCAGCAAGGCUUUGUCGUGUUGGCCACCGACUUUGACCCAUACACCACCCUGCCCUACAUCAAGCAACAGGUGCCCAGACUGUCCAAGACAUUCAGAGACCUCUACACCACAGCCAAGACCAACCUGUCCAUCCUUGACAAGACCUUGUCCAUUGUUGAGAAGACACUUGGAGCAAACAGCUUGAUCAUUGAGGAUAUGUUCUACGUCAAUCAACCAUCAAUGAGAGCAGCAAGAGAGAAGUUGUCAAAGACCAACACAACAGUGUCCAAGAUGACAGUGCCCAUUCUGCGAGUGUUCGAGACUGAGCGCGCCAACAAGUGGCUGUCGCUGCCAGACUCGCGUGUGGACGACAUUGACUUUAUGAAGUGGCAGUUGCACAACAUCAAGCUCGACGGCAUUGCCAAGACCCAACUGGCCGAGAGUAUCAUCAAGCAGGAGUAUCACUACCUGACGGCUGAAGAGCUGGCCAUGGCCGUCGAGGGCCUGCUCCAAACAGUGUCCAACAAGAACGUUGUGUCAGAUGUGCGCGAGACUCCGCUGACAAUCAUCGAUAACAACCAGGUGGAGUACAUUCAGACAGCACCCAAGGUCAACGCCGCAAUGAAGGCCGCCAACAGACUGCUGGAGAUGCUCACGACCGAGCAGCAGGUGCCUCUGGUGUUCCCCAAGAACAAGGUCGAGAUGAACACGACUGAGAACAAGGUGAACCAAGAGGAGGAGCAGAUGGAGAACAUGAGUGAUAUCGGCGUCUUUGACUCGCCCAAGCAGACAGUCGAGUACCUCACACACAGAGAGUCGCUGGCGCCCGUCCAGGCCGACCUGAACGCCCAGUCACGCGCCAAGCUCGUGUCUAACUUUGCCGCACCCACCUUUGGCACUGGCGCCGAGACCAACGUCAACGACGCAACAAAUGUCGACGCAGCCUCCGAGUCUACACAGGAUGCGCUCGACGCAGCAGAGAAGCCAGACACCGAGACCGUCAACGCACGCCAGAAGCUCACAGACUUCCCCUGGUCCAACAUCCACGUGGUCAUCUCGGACCACUACAACUUCAUCAUGUCGCAUGACCUCGAGGUGGCGUUUGUGUUCAUCCCAAUGAACUUUACCGAGCGCGACCUGGUGCUGUUCCUCAACUCGCACUACGACAAGAUGAUGCUGCUGCACAACAGAUACUACCAGUCGGUGAUGCAGCCCACGCAGAACCUGCUGCAGCUCAAGGCCAUCGAGACGGUGAUCAACUCGAUCGUCGAGAAGUCGGCGCUGGCGUCGGUGCGCAUCGACGCCGACAGCAUCGUCAGCACGCAGGCGCAGUACGACGCGGCCAGCCAUCUCAAGAAUGUAAUUUUCCUGUCGACGGACGUCGCGUCCAUCCAGACGGUGGGCCCGCACGUUGACAUCGUGAUUGGCGCACCCUCCUUCCUGAUCGAGUACCAGGGCGACGACAAGAGCAGGGCCACCAUACACCUGCCGCAACAAGACAGAUCGGCCUUCAACUUCACGCACAUCAUCACCGAGCUCACCAACAACUCUCCAUUUUUCAAGCAGUUGCUGCCAGACUACAAGCCAUCAUCAUUUGGUCUCUCGUCAAUCUUCCAAAGUAACUAA